GCACCGCGGCGACACCGAGCGGGGCCGCGGCCCGGGCGGACGGCGGCACCCCGUCCCGCCGGCUGCGGGCCAGAGCGGGGCCGUCCCUCGGGGCCGGGCGGGCCCCCCUCCCUGCCGGCGGCCGGGGGAGGGCCGGGCGCCCGGAUGUCGAUCAAAAUGAGCGAGCCCCAGCCCUGCGCCGGCCGCCCGGGCGGGGGGAGCCGCGGCGCGGCGGCACCGGGCACCGGCGGGGAGGCGGCCGGCGCAUGGGACGGCGGGCUUCGGCAGCGGGGUAGAGCCUGGACAGCUGCGGACGGAGCUCAUGGAUAGAGGGCGUUCGGCAGGAUAACCCCGCGAUGGCUGCCCAGUCGAGCUUGUGCAAUGAGGACAGAAACUUGCUGCGGAUUCGAGAGAAAGAGAGACGGAGUCAGGAGGUUCUAGAAGACAGAAAACACUUCUCUGAGAAAACUCCCCUCUUUGCAGAACCCUACAAGACUAAUAAAGGAGAUGAGUUGUCAAGCCGAAUUCAAAACAUGCUGGGCAAUUAUGAGGAGGUCAAGGAGUUCAUGAGCAACAAAUCUUGUCAAAACCUUAUAGGGAUUCCAAAGAGCGUUGCCCCUCAGUUUCCCCCCGGGCAGUCUGACAAGGCCAUCCGUACAUUGCCAUCUUCAUUCCAGCACCUGACCCGCCGUCCACCCAUGGGACCCAUGGUUGUACCCCCUCGUCCUCCAAGUCACUCCAGUCACUACCAAAAGGCACAAUCAGGAACAGAACCAGCUUCGGGUUUGCACAGCAAGAGCCGCAGCUUACCCGGCGCUCGCAGCCGUGGCCAGGAGCACGGCCGUGGUGGCCGGGACACUCAGGCAGGUUUUCCCCACAGCCACAAUGGCAAGCCUGGCAGCGGGGAAGGUCGAGCUCACGGCCUGCAGGCCUCCCCUCUGGCACUUUCCCCGUUCCUGCCGUGUUUGUUGUCUUCUCCCGUGGCACCCCUGUCACCUCUACAUUCCAGCCAGCAUAUCAAUUCCAGGUCACAGAACAGCAGCAAAAGUCAUGGGUCAACCUACAGUCAAACCAAAUCAUUACAGGACUUGGUGACGGGAUCACAGGAGAAGGAAAGUCGGGACAGCCCAGCCGUUACCUUGACCAGCACCACUCAGCCUUCCUCUCAGACUUUUCCCCCUUCUUUGUCAUCAAAAGCCAGUGCAAUGCAGCAGAAACCAACUGCCUAUGUCAGACCCAUGGAUGGCCAAGAUCAGGCAUCAUUUGAAUCUCUGGAGCUCAAACCUCUCCUGGAGGAAUACCAUGAAGGACCCAAUGAAGAUGUCUCAGAUUUGAAGGCAAAAGUUAAAGCUGAACUAUCCAAGUUGGAAACCCUUUCUGAGCCCAAGGAAGAGACUGAUGAAGAUCUGUCAGAUUUGAAGGCAAAAGCCAAAGCAGAACUAUCCAAAUUUGAAACCCCUUCUGAGCCCAUAGAGCAAACCAACUCCAUUGAUGUGCAGUCCAUUGAAGAAAUUUUGAGGGAAAUGACCCGCUCUUGGCCACCUCCCCUGACAGCUCUUAAUACACCUACUAAAGCAGAGCCUUCCAAAUUUCCAUUCCCAACAAAGGAAUUGCAACCUGAAGGAUCUGUAGCAAAGGAUCAGAAGCAGUAUGGAGCACCUUCAGAAACGUUGCCAGGUUCUCAGCCAAGAACAUCAAUGCUCCAGGACGACCUGCAGCUCAGUGAUAGUGAAGAGAGUGGUGACGAUCAAGUUGUUGAAAAGUCACCUUCUUCACUUGCUCCUCCAAGGUACAGUUCCUUACAGUCCCAGCCCAAGAGUGUGGCAUCAGCACAUUCCAGCAGCUCGGAGUCAGGGAGCACCAGUGACUCAGACAGCUCCUCAGACUCGGAGACAGAGAGCCACUCGAGUGACAGUGACGCGAGCGACCCCCCGAAAGCACCAGCGCCUGAGCCCGAGCCACCAACUUCUAAUAAGUGGCAGCUGGACAACUGGCUGACCAAGGUGAACCCACCAGCAGUGCCAACAGAGAGCCCCAGUGAUCUUUCCCGAGAGGAUGGGCGUGAGGAGGCCAAGAAGCAGGAGUGGAGCAGCAGCAAUUCCUCCCAGCAGCACACUGAGCUGAGGGAGCCUCCUCACAAGAGCCCAGCGGCCAGGGCUCCCCAGGAGGCUCCUCUUCCGACCAAAGGCAGCUGCCAGAAGGCUCCCGCGUGUGCCGGAGAGCCCUCGCCCAGGCAGACCGUGGGGAUCAAAGGGCCCGGCAAGCCCCUGGUGCACGAGGGGCCCAGGAAGGGCCUGAAGGUGGAGAGUGAGCCUGGUCCUUUGGAGGUCACAGACCAGUCUUUCAGGGACAAGCCAAAAGUCAAAAAAACAGUGAAGACAAAAUCCAAUGACCGAAAAGACCUGAAACCAGGACUUCAAGAGCCCUCUGAGAAAAAAAAGGAGAAGGGCUCCCACCAGGCCAAGGCCAAACCUUUCUUGGAGCCCAGGCUCAUGGGAGAUGCCCAGGCACAUGAUGCUCUCAGUCCCAUUCCUCAGGGCCAGGGCACAGCCCCCCUCAGGACCAGCAGCCACAGGCCUCCGGAUUUGCACAAGGAGAAAUUGCCCUUGCCUCUUGGGGAGAAGUUGCUCUCACCAGUGAGGGAUCCCCCAACCCGUGAGCGCCUCGUGGUGAAAAUAGAUCUCUGUCACCUGGAAAAAGUCCCUCAGCUCCCCAGGAAAAAUGGGCACCAGAGAAAAGCAGGGACCAAGAACCUUCCUGAUGUGAGGAAGCAGGACUUGAAGAGGAAAGCUAGGGACACUCCUGAGGAGUCCCUUGCAAAGAAGAAGAGGGGAGAGAAGGAGGAGACUGAUAGGAAGAAAAUGAAAUCUGAAAAAAAGCCCAAAUCAUUGCAGUCUUCAGCUAACAAAGACUCCAGUAAAUUGAAAGCAUCAAAAGCUUCAUCUGAAACCCAGAAGAAAGAUGUGCUCCCACCACUGCCAUCCAUGUCUGCUGCACAACCUGCCCCAAAGUCAGCCAAGAUGACCCAAAAGAGACCCAGAAAUGAGGCUGACGAGCUGCCUGCCGUGGAUAACCCUGUCAAGAACAAGAGCAGCCACAAGGAUCCUUUGUUUGCCAAGCAUAGGAAAGUGGAGAGAAGUCAUACGGAGCUGUCGAAGGGCAUCAGAGGAUCUGCAGGUGAUGUCACAAAGCCUUUCCCAGUGCCUUCUAUGCCAAAUGGUACCUCUAAGCCAAGGAGACCUCUGCUCAAGUUUGAAAAGCAACAUUCAAAGGAAUACUACAUUGAACAGGCCCAAAGACUGAAGCACAAAGCUGAUGCAAUGACUGACAAGACUGGAAAGGCCUUUCAGUACCUGGAGGCUGCCCUUCUAUUCAUUGAAUAUGGGAUUGCCUUGGAAUCAGAUGUGCUGGAGCCAAAAUCAGCUUACAGUAUACUCAGUGACACCAUAGUUCUCAUCAAAUUCAUUAUGACUUUGAAACCAUUUGCAGACUCCUCAGUCUCUUCACACGGAAAAAUCUUUGCUGUGUUACGCAUGCGCUGCCAGUCCAUUCUGCACAUGGCAAUGUUUGGUUACAAAAAGGACACUGCAAUGAGGUAUUCCAGACUCCUGAAUGACCACUUCAAGAGUAAUUUCAGAGUAAUACAAGCACCUUCUCUGGGUGUUGCAAGAAGCACAGGCUUGCCUUCUCCUCUUUCUCCAAUACCCUCUCCUGCUGGAUCUGUGAGCUCUCAGCCAGGAUCAAAUGAUAGCAAUGGCAUUGGCAACAGCACUGGCUCUACUGUCACUGUCUCCUGUCAUAUCUCCAGUGUCACCUCUUCCUAUGUCAACAUCACCUCCUAUAUCCUCCAUGCAUAUGAAAUUUGGGAAAAGGCUGAUGCACUGGCCAGAAAGAAUAAAGAGUUUUUUGCUGAACUCAGCAGAGCAACGAGUGCUCUGGCACUGACCAGUAGCCUGACAGACCUGGUGCACUACAUCAGACAGGGAUUACAGUGGCUGAGACUGGAAGCAAAUAUGCCUUAACUGGUUCUCCAGGUGGUUAAAUACCUUGAAGUUUUUUUGCACUUUUGAAGCCUCAGAAACAGUUUAAUUUUUGUUUUAAUUGUUCAAUACAAAGCACCUGCAAGGGAAAAUAUUUUAAAUAAAGUUGGAAGUUAUCUGGCUACACUGGAAAACCCUUGAACUGUGUUUUUCUAGGGUAGCACUUUGCUACCUUGAAAAAGAAGAGAUGGAGGAUGGCACCUUCCUUUAAAACGACGAAGUGCAAUGAAUUGUCUGAAUGGCCCGAUGUAUUGAUGGUCUAUAAACAUUUCUUUUACAAAUAACCAGCAGGACAAUAAUUGCACAUGAUGCUGACAAGAAGGAAAUCUGCCUCCAGAGGUGGUUAUGCAACAUCCCACAGUCUGCAGCAGUUGUGUGCCCAGACAACAUGCCAGAGGAGUUGCUUUUGCAAGCACAGAUGCAAUCUUUGGUGUCUUUGUUCCUCAGAGAGCAAGUAGCAGCCUCACCAAGCACUGAACAGCGUUAUGUUACAGGAAAAGCAGCAAAAGGAUCUGCUCUGUCUGCUUUCCAACCUCACCCUCCUGCUUUUGUCAGCCAGCUGACAAAACUGAGGAAUCCACUGCCUUCAGUGCUGCAAGUUUUCUUUUCAAGUCAUCACUGCUUUGGUCCUCCUUGCUGUGCUGUCAUGCGCAUCCCUGCCUUGGGCACUCCAGCUGUGUUACUGAGGGGCUGGCUCAGCUCGAGCCUUGCAAGCCAAACACAGUUGGGGUGGCAAAACGAUGUGGUGUGUUUGGAAUAGCUCUGCCUCUUUGCUGAGAGCUGUCACCAUGAGGAUUCUUUGUGGGGCUGAUUUUUUGUCAUUUCGGUGGGUGGGGGUGGAAAGCUGCACUGGUGCACUGUGAUUGCUUGGACAUUUUUCUAAGAGCUUCUAUGGGAAGGAAUUCCUUCUGGUUAAGGAGGGAUUAAGGGGCUGAAUGUGGAACAUAAGAUAAAUUUUGCAUUUGGAUAUUUGCCUGAAACCUUGGUGAAUAUCUAAAAGCAGGAUUUGUACCAAAGUAGGGUCUUCUUCAUGUGGGAGACAACUCCUGUGUUCUCUCAGCCAUGUUAUAGGAUGGGCCCAGUGACUUAGAAACCUGUCAAGGGGACAAGAAAGGGAAUAAUGAGCCAUUUCCAAGCAUUAUUUUCCUCGUCACAGUAUCAGUGAGGGCAGCACCCAUGGCAUUUGUGUAUUCAGUGAGGUGACACCCUUCUCUACCCAAAGAUUCCUUGUGGUUUGACAGCAGCAUCCUGCCAUCCUCAUACGCAAUAGUGUGCCUUAGCCCGCUGGUCCCCUCUCACAUCCCUCACCGUCUCUCUCACAGACCCAUGGGACUGGAGAAGAGAAGGAUGGUACCCCAAAAUAAUUGUGUUUACGAGAAAGAAUCAGCUCCCUUUUCCACAUAAUUUCAUGGUUAGGGCGGAACAGGUCUGCAGAUAUGCUGAAGUACCCACUUUGUAAAAUACCCGCUCAUGGGUUUGAGACUCAUGAAAAUGGAGAGUGAAUAAAUAUCAGCAAAAGGUUUGCAUUUCCAAAAGUAGAUUCUGUAGAAGUGGCCCCUGCCACGGGGUAGCCUGGGCUCGUCUUGGUUCUGGGAGAGGUGACGGGAGCGUGCUGGUCCUGAGCACAGGGAAGCUCUCCUGUCACCUUCCCUGGCAGGGCAGGACCAUCGGGAUCAUGGCUGUGCCUUUCUGCACCUUGAAGGGAUUGGCCUUUUACGUUCACUUUGUUAAAAGCCUCAGAGCAUUUCAGGGGUGAGCUGUCCUAACAGCAAGUGGAAGGAAGACCCAUGUCCCCCCUCCCCAUUUUACCUAUCAAGCUUUGCUUGCACUCCUCCCCCCUGGAGCAGAGACUGCUCAGAGUAAGCAGGGUAGGAGAAGGGCUCAGCAUUAACUGUUUUGUUCUCAGGAAGUGUGGGGAUGGGCAGCCAGCCUGGAGGCUGAUGUGCACUUUGGAACUUGAUCCCAGGCUGGUGGAUUGAUGCCACCUUUGGACUUUGUCUUCAGACAAAGCUAUUUCUAGGAUCACCAGCUGAGGAGAAGGAGGAAAGAUGAAAGCUUUAUUGAACUUGGAAACCACUGUGGGAGCCUGCAGGAACCAUAGCAGAGUGUGAGGGGAAAGCAUAAGGGGCAGCAGGGACAGGGGGUGUCCUGGUCCUUUCCUUCUGUGUGUAUCCAUGUCCCUCCCUGCUGCCAGGAGAGGUGCUUGCUGCUGUGCAGAAGUGGUUGUGUGAGGGCUGCUCCCCUUCCCAGGACCAGCUCCCCUGGGCUUUGAGGGAAAGAACAUCACAGUUUGUGUCACAGGCAUGUGGGGGCUCUUUGGGGCCUCUCAGUUCAAAAGCAAUCUGUGGGAGCACCACUCCACAGCAGGAAGCUAGGUUUUGAUUCAGGACACAGAGAAAGACUGUUCACAUAAUAGGAAAUUUUAAGAGAAGCCAUCAUAUUUCAACCUUGAGCCAGGUCAGAGGCCUGCAGAGGGUUCAGAAGGAAGCUCAUAAUUUUCACCUGGGCCUAUUCAGGCCUUUAAAAAAAAACCAAACAAAAAUUAAAUAAAAACAGAAAUGAAAACGUAGCAGUGGAGGAAAUAGCAUUUGCCAUUCAGAAGCAAACCAUUAAUCCAAGGAAAACCAGGGGUGAUUGUUUAAUCCCAGAAAGAAUGGAGGCAGCUAUGGUGGCAAAGCAGCAUCAUUUCCAUGCAAUAUUUAUUUAAAAUAAUAAUAAUACAUGCAUUGAAAUUGUCAAAUAUUCUAUUUUUAAGAUGCCAUUUAUUUAAUAGUUGAAAAUCCCACUUACAUGGAGAUAGAGAUCUCUUGUGUAACUGAAAGUCAAAGUCUGACUGCAAUGUCCUUGUUUUUUGGUUUUGUCCUCUCCCCUCCCUCUUGGUUUCCACGAUAAAUCUGUGCAUCUUUUUUUGGGGAUGUAUAUCCCUCUUGUAUAUAACAUUUUUCUGCCCUGUGUGUGAUGGAAUUUCUGAGAUGGUUGAUUCAUAUGGGGGAAAUAAACAAUAAAUGAAUGUUUGUUA